AAUAAAUAAUUGACAAGUUCUGGGCAUUAACUUUGAUGUUAUGUAUGUUAACACAACUAGUUACUCGGGAUCAUAAUUAUCCUCAGCACGGUGAUGCCAAGGAACGCAAAAUCUGCUGGUCAUGCACAUUCCUUUCAACAUUUUCACGGUCCAGUCAUUGGUGAAGGUCAUGAAGUGACUUGGAAGGACAAACAUGGCCAUCACGAUCACGAUUACGUAGCACAUCCUCACUAUGAAUUCUCUUAUGGUGUCGAGGACCAUCAUACCGGUGAUUAUCAUGGACAAAAGGAACACCGGAAUGGUAAAGAAGUAGUUGGAGAAUAUACAGUAAAGGAACCAGGUGGUAAUAUUAGAACCGUCAAGUAUCAUGCAGGAAAAAAUGGAUUUUACGCUCACGUAUACAACAGUGAUGGAAACGAUCAUGAAUAUGGGAAAUACCGUUAGAAAAUAUUCUAUUUAAUGUCACUAUGUAUAUUCAUAUAUUCUACGAUAUCUUACAUUCUUAUUUCAUUUCCAUUUCAUUCCAAAUUUCUAUUACCAAAGAAACGUUAUUACUCUUAAC